GUUACCAAAGCUUUUUGAGCUUCACGAUUUGGAAGCUUGAAGAAAGACUUGUAUUGUUCCCAUCAUUGUCUCUUAUAACUGUCCCGUUUCAGCAGAAUACCAUUCGCAUAGUCUCCGGUCUGCAGCAAAUUCUUGCACUUCGCCAGUUUGUGUCCGCGCACAUCCCAUUACGUACUUUCUUUGACGCCCUCCUCAAAAGCACAAUCAUGCCCCUCGACACUUCAACAUACUCCCUUGCUCUCCUUCGUCUUGAUGGUCGCAGAUGGAAUGAACUUCGCCGCCUUACAGCACAAAUUUCAACCCAACCAUCAUCCGAUGGAUCUUCGUAUCUUUCAAUGGGCAAUACCCAAGUACUCUGCACAGUGACCGGUCCUUGCGAUCCCUCAAAAUUACGAUCGAUUGGUGGUGGUGGAAGUAACAAUGCUGGGGAAAAAGCUGAAGUCAGAGUGGAAAUCAGUUUUGCAGGCUUUGCAGGCGUGGAUAGGAAGAAGUAUGGUAGGAACGAUAAACGUAUACAAGAACUUUCAAACACCUUAUCCACAACCUUUACUCCUCAUCUCCUCACCACUUUGACUUCUCAUUCGACAAUCCUCAUUUCCCUUCACAUCUUGUCAUUAGAUGGCUCACUUCUUUCUGCUCUUAUUAAUGCCUCAACUCUUGCUUUAAUCGAUGCUGGUAUCCCAAUGCCUUCUUAUAUUUGCGCUUGUACAGCUGGUUCUACAUCUUCAUACUCGAGUAAUGAUGAAAAAGCAGACCCAUUGUUGGACUUAAAUUUGGGCGAGGAGCAAGAAUUACCAUUCCUCACGGUGGCGACAGCUGGAGAAGGCGAUGGUGAUGGAGUUGUGGCAUUGGUAAUGGAGACAAGGGUACAAGCCGGCAGAUUGGAGGGCAUGUUGGCUGUAGGAGUGGAUGGGUGUAAACAGGUCAGAGAGAUUCUAGAUGGAGUAAUUAGGACUAGGGGGAAGAAAAUAUUGAGUGGUGCAAUGGCUUAGUAGGGCUAGAUAUGUAUAUCAUACGAGGGAAGCAUACGAGGGAAGAACAGCAUCAAUAGAUGAUACCCUGGUGUUUUUAUGGCGUCAUAACGGUAAUGGGAUAGGAUGGCAGGAAUGGAAUAACAUUACAUCAAGGGAACCAUGUGAUGAUUGUCAGAAGUUCGGCGCGUGUCUCAUAUGUUCACAAAAUGAAUGA